AUGUUUACCGUCUCCAGAUCCCCACUUUACGACUUCAACACCUUGUUCCAUACUUUGGACUCGGUCAAUCAGUACCAGCAGCAGCAGCUUUUGCAGCAGCAGUAUGAGGCUCUGAGACCCAAGAUAGUCAAGAAGGUGGAAACCGAAGACAAGUACCAGAUCCAGAUUUUCAAGAAGCAGGGCAACUUCAACCUGUACGAGGUGAAGGUUUUGAGAAACGCCGCCUACAGCAGCAGCUUGAUCAACCUUGUCAUUGAAUCCAGAAGAGACGACUUCCGCAGAGUGUUCCAGUUCAACUUGAACGACAUUGAAGUUGGCGAUAUCGACUGGGAGUACUUCCAGGACGACAAUGUCUUGGUGUUAAACGUGCCCAAGAAGGUGAAGUACUGUGCUGACGACUAUGUGAACACUUUACUUGCCAGUAUGCUUGGAGCUCAGGCUUGUGCACCAUGUCAUGAAAGAAAGCAUAAGCACAGAAGCCACAGAAAGCUGAAGAGUGAAAGAGCCGAGGCUGCCGCUAGAGCUGAGGCCGAAAAGGCCGAAAAGGCAAGAAUUGAGGCUGCUCAGGCCGAAGCUGCCAGAAUGGAGGCUGCUAGAAUUGAGGCUGCUAGGAUUGAAGCCGCUAGAAUUGAAGCUGCGAAGGCGGAGGCCGCCAGAAAGGCCGAGGCUCAAAGAAAGGCCAGAGCCGAAGAGGCUAGACGUCUUGAGAAGGCCAGAAAGGAGGAGGAAAAGGCUCAGAAGGUUGCUCAGGAGAAAGCCAGAAGAUUAGCUGAGGUCCGUGCAAGAAAGGAACAGGCCAAGAAGGAAAAGGCGAGAUCUGCUGAGGAGGAGGCCAGAAAGGAGCAGUUGCAGAAGCAGCAGGAGUUCCUCCAGUCUCUCUUUGGUGGUUUCUUCCCUGGUGCUGUUUUCCCUGAACCUCAAGCUGCCACCCAGGUUCCAGUCCAGAAGACCCCUCAAAAGCAGGCCAAGCAGACUGUUUACGAAUCUGAGGUGCCAAGUGAGCCACUCACCGAUAGCGAGCCGGAAUCCGAAACAGAGUCGAUUCACUCGGACGUUUCUACUGAUUCAAGGUCCUCGUUGAAGAGAAGUGGAGAGGAUCUUUCGAGUGGAGUCGAUAAGCUUCAUAGACACCCAUCCUUGGAAGAGGUCGAGGAUGAAGAGUUCGUCAUGUUCAGGAAGAAGUUUGGCGAGCAGUAA